UUCAUGAAAACUGCAUCGCAGUAGUAAGUGCAGUUUGACAUUAAUAGAGUUGGUAAUCGUUACCGUUACUAGAGAGUGGAAGCCUUCGAAAUUUUUGAGUUUGAAUUUGAAUUAAACAAAAUUUUAAUAUAAUGAAAUGGUUCCCUCCAAAUCUACUACAAACAGUUCAAGGCGAUCUUCUAUACUUAAGCCUCCCAAACCACGCCAUCCUCUGCAGAACUUAAACUUUAAUAGCUCAUCCAAUGAAAGUAGUCCUACUGUAACGGCAAAGAUUAAAAGACGUGUUAGUUUUGCAGAAAAAAAACAUGUCAAAGAAUUUUGCAAUUCCUUGGAGCAAGGAACUGUAUGGGAUAAUACAUAUGAAGAGCAUGAUUUAAGUAAUCUCAAAGUACCAUGUUCUUCUAAUCAAAAAGAAUCUGAGACUGAAAGUGUAUAUAAAGAAAAUAUUUUUGAUAAUAUUCAUGAAAAUAAUGUGCAAUUUGGUUGUAAUAAAGCAACAAAUGAAAAUGUUGAUGUUGAAGAAUAUAGUUCACACAUUGCAAAUACAAUUGAAGAUGUAAAUUGUCAAAAUGAAAUGUUACUGACUGAACCAUUAGUUACACUUCAUGAUGCAGUUGUUCAAGAAACUGAGUCUACUUUUUUGACUGAUUUACAGUUGAAAAAUGAUAACCACAUAUCAAAGAGUAUUAUCGUGUAUGAAGAUCCCGAUAGAAACUUAACUGAAAAAGUGUCAGACUUAUCAGAAUCAAAUGUAAAUAAUUUUCAUCAUAAUGAAUUAAAUACAUCUACAUCUACAUCUGUCCAGAAUAUAUAUAUGGAUUUGACUGAAGUUGUUCCCAGUAACAUGUAUUUUGGUACACAUUAUAGUAAGGAUACUGAAGAGAUUAAAGAUGUAUCAAUGGAAUUAACAACACUUGUUUUACCAUCAAGUGCACAAAACUUUCCGCAAUUUAACAAACCCAAUGUAACAGAGAAUUUAAUAAAUCAAGAUAUGCCAAUGGAAUUAACUGGAGCCUUACCAUCUGUCAUUAAACUUAAUAAUAAUAUUAGUAAUCCAAAGGCAGCCAUGUGUAGUGAAGAUGAUAAAACUAAAAGAUUUCAUAAUGUUUCAAUGGAAAUAACUACAGUAGUACCACCUUCUAUAUGUAAUUUAGAACCAAGUAGUAAUAGUAUAAAUUAUUGUGUUUCAAAUGAUAAAGAGAAUAGAACAAUUACUUUUCGUGAUGUAUCAAUGGAUAUUACUAAAGUUGUAGAAACAACCGUUUAUAAAUCUCCUGACAAAUUACCAAUGAUACAAGAACCAUUGCAAUGUAAAUAUAAUAUUACAAGACAGGAUGAAAGAACUGAAUUAUUAAAUACAUCUUUAGAAAUGACUAAUGUAGUCCCAGUUAAUAUACAUUCUGGAAAAAGAAAUCAUAGACAACAUGCAACUAAUCUUGGUAGUCCAGAAAGUAGUAUUAAAAAACUAAGAAUUAACUCAAAUGUUUAUGAAACACAAGCAAAUGAUAGUAAAACUAGAAUUUGUAAUAACGAGUCAAUGGAAUUUACCACAGCUAUAACAACUUUACCUAGAAUAUACCAGAAUAAUUUACAGAUAGCUACACAAAAUGUACCUACCACCCAAUCAAAUUCUUCUGCUUCUACGUUUGACAAUAGUAGAAGUCAUUUACUAUCAAACAAAACUAUUAUUUUUCAUGAUAAUUCUGUGACAUUUACAGAUGUAUUACCAUCACUUAAUAAAAGGGGUAAUAUGGAAGGAAAGAUAAUUGUAUAUUCUGAAUCAAAUGAAAAUGAUAAUGAAGGUGUAACAACAGCAGAAUCUCAACCUGAAGAUUUUGACACAGAUUUUACUAAAGAUAGACAAUCGGCAUUACCUGAUAGUGUUCAAAAUAGAAACCUUCCAGAUUUUUCAACCUGUACAGAUAAUGUCUUAAAAGAUAUUACUGCUACUAUAGCAAUUCCUUGUUUAUUAAACUCAGAUACAACCUUGAAUAAAGACAAUUUUCCAAAAAGUGUAGAAAAUAAUGUUCUGGAAAAGUAUACUCCAAUUAAAGUUCAGAGUUCUGCAAAUAUUACACCUAGCAUGCCCUUGCAUGAGUCAGUGCAACAAGAUACUUUUGCUUCAGCUUUGAGAGAAAAUAACACAAAGAUAGCUUGUGCUACAUUUAACUCUGUAUCAAAUGAUGCUUCCGCUGUAAAUUCUGAGUUAGAUAAAGAUAAACACUCACCAGUUAAAUGCACACAAAUAAUUACAUCACAUCCAAGAAGAACAUAUACAAUUCAACCAUCAAAUAGUAAUCACACUUUUACAAUCAGCAACAAAGAAAAUAACAUUUCAGAAAUUAACAAUGAUGUUCUUGAUAUAAAUAACAAGGAAAAUAAUGUAUGUAGCGUUUCGAAUAAUACAGAAUGUUUACAAAAUAGAGAUUAUAAUAGGGAAUGCUUAACGGAUAAAAGCGAUAUGUUUUUUAAUGAAAAUGUGGAAGUAUUAGAAUCAAUUCCAUCAUUACCAUCAUUUAAUUGUUUGGAUGAUUUGACAGAUACAGAUAUGAAUGUUAGUUACAAUAAGGAAGUUAAGAUAGAAGCAAAUUGCCUUUCAAAAAAUGGGAAUAAUAAAAGUACUUUAAAUCUUGAGGAUUGUCAAGGAAUUGUAUUAGAAGAAAAUGUGCGGAAAUCUUGCACAUUUCUGAUAAAACGUACAUCUCUAAAUGGUGCACCAGAGAAUUCAAAGGUUGAACAAGAGGAUCAAGUGCAAACAGGUGAAAUCCAGAAGCUGGAAUUGCCGGAUGUGAGAGAUAAUAGUACAGAGUCUCAAAUUUUACACUUAUCGUCUUCAACAGUAAAUGAUAGUGAAAAAUUAUCUUCGACGCCCGUUAACGAAGAAAAUGAUCAAGAUUUACGUUUGAACAAUUCCAAUUUAGAAAAUCAAAGCAUAGAAUGUUCUUUAUCAAAUAUAAGAGCUAUUCAUGAAAGUACUCCAAAAGCUGAUAAUGAUAAGUUAAUUGAUACACACAGAAUGGAAGUAAAUAAUGAAUCUUAUUCAAACGAUAAAUUGCAACUAAGUUUGGAACCUCAUACUUCUUGCAAAGAAGAUGUUGCAAUUGAAUUGGAUCCUUUUUCUGCGUUAAUGAACGAGUUGAAAGAUUGUGCGAAAAGUAACGAGAUUAUUUGGGAAGUAUACCACGAAAAUAUCGAAAAAAGUAUGUUUGUUGUUGGUUUCAUAUCGUGUUCACUGUUAGUAGUAAUAUUUAUACGGGAUCCUUGUGAUGUAAUAAAUAAUGAAUUUAUUAAAGAGAUUAAAUUAAUUUCUCGAUUAGCAGAUGAUGCGGAUGCAUUAAUAAGUAUAGUUCAUAGAAUGAUCUUAGAAAAGUUAGACAUAACAAAAUUAUUGGACUUAUAUAAAAAUCGUAAGGAUAUUUUACCGAUGUUAGAUUACAUUUCGGAGGAAGUAAAGUUAGCAAUGGAUUUUAUGUUCGAUUUGAAGCGCUUGAACGAUCUAAAUUUGAUGGAAAUAACUCACGAUAGCAUAUCUUUCGUAUCACAAACUAAAACGGGGAGCAUUGUACUGGAGAUUACGAUAGAUAUCAAACCGUUCGAUAAGAUUGAAUCUCAAAAUAUCUCCGUCCAUUGUCUUAUAGGUUCCGUGAGAGAGAAAGAUAUUAAAAAGUUGAUAAUGAAUGUAAAAAGGGAUUAUAAAUUUCUGCGGAGAUAUAUAAACGAUGUGAAAGACUAUAUAUAUUUAAUGGAUGAGUCUACUGUAUAACUUAAAAAUUAUAUUUGCAUAUUCUCCAUGAAGAAUAUACUAAUUAAGAUGCAAUAAUCAACCAAUAGACAUUAUUACUAAAUAAUCAAGAAUUAAUUUUAUUGUAUUGUAAUAAUUUUACAUGUGACUACGAGAAUGCAUAAUAAAAUGUUUAAUAUUUCUUUUACUAAAA